UGUUGUAAAGAUACAGAUCGGCCAACCUCUUCAAGCUACCAAGAGUAUCGGGGAUCUUACCGGAGAAACUGUUUUCAGACAAAUCAAUGUAUACAAGACCCAAUUGGCCUGAAACACCUGAACCGGUGAAGUUGAGAGACGUAACAUUCUUAGAAUCAUCACAGGUGAUACCAAACCAGUUACAUGGAGUGGCUUCAGAUGCGUUUAUCUUCCAUGUCGAAGUUAAUUCUAGUGGUACUUUGUCCAAGUGCUUCCGAAGCAAGAGCAAAGUUAACCCAUCUGGAUUUAGACAAGAAAUAGACACUAUACAAGUCGAGACAACAAGACAGAAUAGCAGAAGAAUAUCGAACAACCCAAGUUUCUUCAUCUGAGACUUAGGGGGAGGGUGUAUUCAAAGUAGAACUUUAAGUGAUUUGAGUUUUCACGACUUUUUAUAUGAUUUUGAUGAUUUUAGGUAAGUUCAUAUGAUUUAUUGCAAAA